GGAAUGAGAGAAUGUACACUGAAAAGCAGGACAGAAAAGACAGAGACGGCAGAGGAGAAGACUGCUGAAUGUAGUUGGGCAUCACAUUCAGAGUCUGACUUUUCGUACCUGGUCGCAGAGCACCAAGCAGCCAAUGAGAAACUGUGAUGGGGACAACAGUGACACCCAGAGCAAGACAGACCAGAGAUUUCUGACAUGUUGUCGACCCAGAUUGAUGAAAGGAAAAUGAGGGGAGAGAAGACAGACAUAGACUUGCGCCACUGCUUCAGAAAACAAAGAUUGUAUACCGAGGACGUUCAACCUCCAGUGGCCGAUGUGCCAACAAAAUAUUUUUUAGGUGCUCUGCUGUAAAUAAGAUGUGUGGACCCAGUGUGCAGCUCUAAUCUUAGAGACGGGGGAGGGGACCGAUUCUCCACACACAUACAAAAACCCCUCUGCCAAUCACAGAGAGAAAGAGAGAGAGUGUGAAGGGAGACGGCAGAGAGAGUGAAAAGAGGAAACAGCUCUAGCAGUUAUCUAAGGUGGACAGCACCAAAGCAGAGACACACAUACACACAAAUUCCAGCACGCACGUUUAAAGACGGUCCAGCCAGUGGAGGUGGAUAACCAACAGACAGAAGCAGAGAGAGACAGACACCUCACAUCUGCAGCUCCAGACCAGAAGAUCUACUCUCUAAUUCUCUCCCGACUCCAUCCUAACCUGGACCACAAGUGUUAAUAAGAAGAGGGAGUUGUUGGCAACUUCCCUAAAGACGGCAAGAGUGUGGGCAACACAUUAACCUAUAAAAAGAAAGAUAGAGAGAGAGCAGGGGAAGACUCCCCUUCGCCCUCUCUCGACCCGGAUCACCGCCAGGCUGGCUGGGACAGCCAUGGCCUUCACCUUUGCGGCCUUUUGCUACAUGUUAACACUCGUGUUAUGCGCUGCCCUCAUCUUCUUUGUCAUCUGGCAGAUUAUUGCAUUUGAUGAGCUGCGCACAGACUUCAAAAACCCCAUCGAUCAGAGCAACCCCACCAGAGCGAGGGAAAGAAUUCUAAACAUCGAGAGAAUUUGCAACCUCCUCCGAAGGCUGGUGGUUCCAGAGUAUUCCAUCCAUGGUCUCUUCUGUCUGAUGUUCAUGUGUGCAGGGGAGUGGGUGACUUUGGGCCUUAACAUCCCCCUGCUUCUCUAUCAUCUGUGGAGGUUUUUCCACCGUCCUGCAGAUGGGUCUGAAGUUAUGUAUGAUCCAGUGAGUGUGAUGAAUGCAGACAUUCUAAAUUACUGCCAAAAAGAGUCCUGGUGCAAGCUGGGUUUCUACCUUCUCUCCUUCUUCUACUAUCUGUACAGUAUGGUGUACGCUUUGGUCAGCUUCUAGUUGAUUAGAUUAAAAGGAUAGAGGACUAUGAAAGGAAGAAGAGAGAAGACAGAACAAAGACAGAACCAUGUCGUGCUCUCCUCUUCCUCAUCCACAGACUUCUCCAGCGCUGACCUUGUUCAGCUCCUCCUCAGAUCUCCUGGGUGGGGAUGGACAACGGACAGAUGUAGAAAAAGCUCAAGAUGAGGAGACAUUUAUAGCCGUCAAUGCAAAGCUGCCUCAAUUACUGCCAUUAAUAAAUGAAAAGACAGGCGGAAACAUGGACCAAAAGAAAACUAGUGCAAUCGAGAGGGAGAGUAAAUGUUUUGUAACACCAUUUAAUUUCUCAAGGGCUGCUGAACAUUUCUGCUGCUCAUGGCAACAACCGGUUCUUAAUGUCUGUGAAGAGCCACACGUGGUGUUGAGACAAUUACAGAAUACAUUACCUUGAAUUGAAAUCGAUAGGCCGUUGACUUUAUGUUGCAAUGUCUUUUUGUUAGAAUAACAUUACCCAACUAGAUUUUUUGUGGCAAAACUUAUGUCAAAGUAUUUAAUUACUGCAAAAUAUUUGCUAUUUAAGUAAUUGUGGUAGGUGUAGGUACCUAUAAAUUUACCAUCUAUGUAGAAACACAAUAUCAUAAUUGAUUAAAUAAAUAUAUAGCUCAGUUGUUGCAGUUUGAUCAGGGUAGUUCUAUUAGUGUCUUUAAAAUAAAUUUUAAAUCUUCAAAGACAGCCACACACAAAAAAGUAUAUUUUCUACAUAGAAUCACAUGGUAAAGUUUACACUGAUAUUUUAAGCAAAUCAACCAAUGAGAUAAAUAUCACAAGCCGGAAAAACUGUUGGAACAGCGUAACGUCAGAGGAACUUUCAUAAGAGCAAUUGAGACUUGAUGUUUUGGGUUCAUCUAUCAUGGGUAGUAGCGAGGAUGAACGGUCAAGCAGAAUGGACGUUCCUCUGUAAGAUCCUUAAUUAAGAUGGGCAUGCAGGAGAGAUCUGACCCCAACCUCUGCCAGAGUUCAAAUGCUCAAUAGACUGUGACAAAUCAUAAAAGCCCGUUUGGAAUGCCAACAGAUUAACUGUAGCAAACAACAGAGGAAGACUCGUUUGAGUGAGUGGGCUGAUGUUGUGUGAGACAGUUAAACACAACAGGCCGUGAUGCAGAUGAUAGGAACAGUCACUGAUAAUGAUUGGACAGCAUCAAGGACAACAAACUGAUGACGAUUUGACCUUGAUGAAGGUCUCACAUCAAACAACUUUUCAGGCAAUCUUAUGUGUUGUCAGACUAUAUACAACAUUUAUCUGAUGCCAUUUUGUCCUGUGUUUAUGAGGGCCAUAGGACCACACCCUCACUUUUCCUCACGUUGGGUUCCUGUGUUGUGUUGUGCCCAUCAGUCUGCUAAACAAGUAGAUUAACGACAAUUAUUUAUCUAAGCCAUGUGUAGUUCUGACAUUGUAGACUAUUAGAGUUGCAGAAGUUUCACUUUUGAAGCCACAUCCACAGGAAUCUGUUUUCGUUUGAAAACUCGUUUUUAAAGUUUUCUAUAAUCAUCAUUUUUCCAAAGUAUGCAGUAUGGAAAGCGCCUUUAUUUAAAUUAUUUGUUUUUGGCGAAGGAAAAUGCCAUUAGGCCACGUCCAAACAAGUCCGUGUUUGUUUGAAUUUUUUUUUUUCUAUCGUCAUUGUUUUUUCAGAAGUCUACAGUAUGGAAAGCGUUUUUAUCUAAAUUCUUUGUUUUUGGCAAAGGAAAACGCUGUUAGGCCAUGUCCACACAAGUCCGUUUUCGUUUGAAAAAGCAUUGAUUUUGUUACUUUUACGGCUCUCAUCCACACUGCAAUUUCUUUCAUUUUCUCCCACCAAAAAUUAAGACUUUCAAAAAAUGCUCCCCAUGUCCGUAUACUUUGGAAAAUAAUGACGUUAGGAAACUAAAAAAAAGAGGUUUCAAAUAUAAAUGGAUUAGUGUUGACAUGCUUCUCUGCACUAGCUAGAACAGAUUCAUUAUGAAAUACUUAUGUUGGGGUAUAAAUACAUUCUCGUACACACACAUUUCAGUAAACAAGAAAGUAAUUUAAUGAUGAUAACACAGUCAGAGUGCUUUUUAGCCACACUACCUGUUAGGUUUGAACUCCUAGGCCCUCUUUCCAUCUUUGCUUUGACUUGAUGUACCUAAAAAUGUGAACAUACCCUGGACAAUCGCUAUAAGCACAACAAAGGAAUGUGAUAACUGAAAGGAAUGACUAGUGUCUUUGUUGUAGAUGUCUUCACUGAAUGUCUUUUUGUGAUUUAAUAUUAGUUAACAUGCAGUAUCUACAUUUAAAAGUACCUGCAUGACAAUGACUUUUAUACAUGAUUCAUUAAUGUAUGCUACAGCACCUUUGGUAAAUUUAUGGUCUGUAUUCGGUUGAAUACAGCAUAAUAUCUUAUAUACUCCAAAAGCAAUUCCACAUGUUUUAAUAAAACAAUGUUGCCGACAAAAGUGCCAUUAAUUUACAUCUUUGGGUGGGAAAUAAAUGUAAUUUAGUCAAUUAUGUGUAAGUUGACACACUGCAAUCUAUUGAAAUUAUAGAAAAUGAGGGUGAGUUUAAAGGGAUAGUUCACCAAUCAUCAUUUACUCACCCUCAUGCCAUCCCAGAUGUGUAUGACUUUCUGUCUUCUGCUGAACACAAACAAGAUUUUUAAAAGUAUGUUUCAGCUCUGUAGGUCCAUACUAUGCAAGUGAAUGAUGGACAAAAUCUCCAAAAAGUAUA